AUGCUUCUCGGAGCAGCUUACCUGCUGCUCACCGGUGGCAUCUUCGUAGGCUUCUGUACCCUGGUGUGGAUCGAGGCCCGGAAGCGAUUUAAGAAAAAGAUCCCUGAAACAACACCAGAUGAUGAUGAUGCUACUUCAAAAGACCGUAUAGAAAAUGGAUUAUCUGUGCGCAGCCUCUCCAGAGAGAUCCUGAAUGAUUUCCCAUACUCACUUGCCAUGCAGAAAAAGAUUCUGUUAAACCUCAGGAUAGUAGAAUACAAGCUGGCCGAGCUGGAACAAUUUCUAGUUAUACAGGGCUUAGGUAAAGGGUACCGGCGGAUGCCCAAAAAAGGUCCAUGUUGUAGUAUUCAUGGGAGCCAGCAAUAA